CUCUGCUAUGACAACUGCACGCGCCGCUGUUGCAGGCUUCCAGCUUUGAAUUCAGCCGCGCAUUUCCUGAAACAAAGUCUGAGUCUGUAGUAAAAACAUUACUGUAUAGUACUAUUUAAAUACAUUUGGACAUUUACGUAGGACGUAAGAUUGGAAGUCUGGUGGUUGUUAUGGAACUGUGGAAAACGGAGAGGCUAAACGCGCCGUCGGAUUUCAUGAAAGCUCCUGAUGGAGGACCUAUCGGUAAUGCUGCUCCUUUGAUGACGCCUGCUCAGUUUGCUGGGCUUCCUCUGGCUGUUCCCACAGCCUCACAUAUAACAACUAUCCAAACCCCGCCCCCACCUGCAGCUCCACACAUCACACCCUGCAGACCUCCACCACCUUCUACAUUUGGUGGGUUGGCAUUGGGCUGGAAGGAGACUGCUGGAGUCGAAUUGAGGAGUUCUGUCCAUCAAAAGCACCAGAGUGAGAACUUGUUACAACAGCUUUCCGAUCACAGGCUGAUUGAAGAUCAGAGAAGCAGUUCAAAGGCCCUGCUGCAAGAGAUGGAAAGCUUAAGAGAAGAGAAAGAAGCGAUGAAAGGAGAGAUGGAGCGUCUGAGAGGACGAGUGGAAUGCUUAAGAGAGCAGAUCAAAGACCAGCAGGGCCAAAUAAACAGGCAGUGUACAGAAUGUGAUGAGUUACAAAGUGAAUUGAAGAGUUGCAAGACUGAGCUUAGUAAAAGCCAAGAACAGUGUUCGACCCUGAAAAGCCAGUAUGAAUUGAAGCAUCAGUGUUUGGAGAAAGAAUUACAGGACUCAAAAGAAGAGAGAGAAAGGCUGCAACUCAAACUGGAGGAUCAGCACGUGAUUGCUGAUGCUGUACAGGAAGUGACCUCACUGAGGGCCCAAUUACAAGAAGUAAUAUCAGAAAGAGAUGACCUAAGGAAUCAGCGGAAUGCUCUCAACAUCUCAUUGUUGGAACAGUCUGAGUGUCUGCAGAAACUGCGCCUAUACAUUGGCGGCAACAUCACAGAGAAAAAAGAGGAAGAAGACUUCAGACAACAGAUACAGCAUUUGGAGAAGGAAAAGGAAGCCCUGUCUCUGUCUGUCCAGCUGUUGAAUGUCAGAGUGAAUGCAGCCAAUGAUAUUCUUGCUAUUCAGGAGAAAGAGCUGGGUGAACAGGCGCAGUCUGAUCCACUGUAUUCUGGCUGUAAAGCCGGACAGAUGUUGAGUGUUUGGAGACAGAAGGUUUUCAUGCUGCUUGUUAAACUACAGACAAGGGAUUUGCAACUCCACUCUGAGAGAGCACAUUUACAAAAUAUGGUUUCUUCUCUACAGCAAGAAGUCGAGUGCUUGCGGUCACAGAACGGUGUACUGCAGCACCACAUAGAGGACAAAACCGCUCAGUUGGAGCUACAACAUGUACAUGCUCAGGGAUUAAAGCAGCAGUUGGACAGUGCUUUAAAGGAGAAUGCCCAGCUGAAAGAGCAGAAUAAGAGCACAGAGAAAUCCCUGGUUGACAUUAGUGAAACAGCACACAGGGUGAUGUCAGCCAUAAAUGUGAAGGCAGGUCACAUGGAAGCAGUUCAGUCUAGUGUAAGUCAGCUCAACCAGAGACUUGCCUUUGCUGCUAAACGACUGGACACAGUGCAUGGGCUGCUGUUAAGGAAAGAAGCUCUGUGGAAAACCAAACAAGCCACAAGAUCGCCAGAACCGUCUGUGUCAGAGAGCUUAAUUAAGGGCCUCCAGGCUGAGGUAGCCCUGUUGAGCGCAGAGAGAGAUAAACUCACGCAAGAGCUCAAACGCACACCAGACCUUAUCCAAGCAUCCCUGUUUGAACUCCAGCAACAGCAUGAGAGAGAAGUGGGACUCCUGAAGGAGGCCCUGUCAUGCAGUAAAGAGGAGUUGAAGGUAUCAGAAUCUAGCCAGAUGAAGAUACAGCGGCAGUGUGAGGAGCAAGAGGGGACCAUUGCGGAGCUCCACGAUGAGGCCCAGAGAUUAAAACAACAGUGUGAUUCAGUUCUGCAUAGGAUGUCAGACGUCGAAAGCAUGUGUACAGAGAAGCUCAGAGACAUGGAGGCUCAACUCAACACAGCAAGGAGAGAACAUACUAAAGCAGUGGUGGCUUUGCGACAGGUACAGAGGCAGGUGGAGAGGGAGAGAGAGCAGAUGAAAGAGGCAGAGAGAGAGAGAACCGAACACACACACAAGCAGAUCACACAUCUGCAGAAACAGCUGAAACACAAGGACAAAGACCGCAACCUUCUCCUGGCUGUUGUUCAGGAACAAGGUUUAAUGAAUGAAUAUAAAAGCCUCAGAAGAUCAGCCAUUCAAACAACUGAAGCCUUAAAACAAAAACAUCACCCUGAAAGCAGGAAUUCUCCAACACCUGAAAGUCUCCUGGGGACGCUGCAGGCUCUUACUGCGGCAGUGAUGGGCAGCUCAGAGGAAGAGGAUGAUGAGGAGGGUCAGGCUUCAAAUGUAACACAAACACCCGCUGGUCCUGAUACACAUAAAGAAUUAGGCUAAGCACGCCAGUUGGUUCUCCCUCACACACCCUCGCUGUCUGUCACCGCACAUUCAUAGGGUUUGAUGUCUGUUUUAUAAUUCAAUAAAAAGGUUUUUGUAAAAAUUGCACUUUUAAUUCGUUUCAAACAGCCCUUCAGAAUUACAAAGAUGUUUAUUGGCUCAUAUUAGGGCUCUCAAUCGAUUUAAAAUGUUUAAUCUAAUAAACACUUAGUGCUGUUUGUAAAUGUAGAAAUUUGGGAUAGGGACUUAUUGACCAUCCUUCUGGAGCAACUGGGCUUUAGUGUUAUACUAAAGGCAUAUUCAGCAACUCAAUAUGGAAUUAUUCCAGUGUAUGUCCCCAAUCAAUCCUCGCUCCUAAGUUUCUUCCUGAAUAUCUUGUUUCACUCAAAUAUAGGCCGGAUGACUAAAAUAAACCGGCUUGGUUCUUCCUGUCGUAUUUUUCCGGAUCAGGUUUAAAAAGGAAUAGUUCACCGGAAAAUUAAAAUGAUCCCAUAACUAACUCACCCUUAUGUCAUCAUCCCAAGUACUUUGUAAUGUUUUCAAGCCGAAAAAAAGCACAUACGUCCAAAUAGGGUGAACAGACGGGAAAGUCCCGAAAUCUAAGCUGCCGUCCUGAAUCCCGAAAAUUAUACUGAAGAAAAAUCAUGGGUAGUUAAAGUCUGAUAAAACAAGAGCGAGGAGGUUGGUUAAGUCAUCCUGCAGCCAGCCCCCGCCAGCUGCUCAUUGGCUGCAGCAUCUUGUUUGUUUGUUUUAUAUAUAUAUAUAUAUAUAUAUAUAUAUAUAUAUAUACUGUAGGCGCCCAUUUAGAUAUGCACUGAUAAGGCACGGGAGUGCUGGAAGCAGUUAAAACCUUCGCGAAAUAUGCUGACGUCGAACCUCCACAACCUCGGUAGGCUAUAGCUCAAGUGUGAAUUUAAAGUUGUAUUGUUUCUAUUAAUUUAUCUAAUUCAUCUAUAUGCACAAAGACAACAGGACCUUUUUGUCCCCUCUUUUUUUAUAGAGUAGAUUAAGAGAGCGAAAGUUGCAGCAGCCGCAAGGACAGUUGAAAGUGCAGGCAGUCGCGUGAAUGAGUCAGAUUGGUCGAGGGCGAGGCACUGUGUUUAAAAAAAAUACUUUAACGUUUUAUAUACAUUUAUAUGCAUAUGUACUUAUAUUAAUAAAAAUAUGAUCGGUUCAGUAACUUCAUUUUGAAAUUCUUUGUCGUCUAUUAUUAAAUAAAAGAAAGAAAAAUAUUAUUGUAUGAUCUAACUAUUAUUGUAUGAAGUAUAAAAUACUUUUAUAAGUAUUACAUCAAUUUAUUUAUAUGCAUAUGUACUUA